CGCGACACAACCGCACGUAGCUGCUUACAUUUCCUAGCGCUCGAGACGCUACGACGGAGAGAGCAGCUCGCACUUCUUGUUCCAGGGAUAUUGCCUCUGAUAGACUUGGGAUAAGACAAGAAUACGCAGUUUAUCUCUGUUUAUGACCACUUAGGUCUUAGUUACGGGUGUAGUUUUACGGGUGCUGGACAUAAACUGCUCUAAUGUUUUUAACAGAACCAGUUUUAAUGUGCUUCAUGUGUUUGCGCUCAACAGUGAGGUAGACUUAUUCGGGGACACUUUACAGGAGUGUCGGCGUGUGAUUUAUCCCGUGGAUGCUGCUGUCGGGAUCGGUGUCUGUGCCCUGCAGGACCAGCCUGUCAUAGGGCAUCAUGGUUUCUCUGGUUCUUCACAAGUGGAUGAGGAAUACUUCACCGGAGAUGCUGCUUUUGGUGCCGAUAUUGUGGCUUUUACCUCUGACCGGAGCGGCUCCGUCUCAGACUACCGAGCAGCUGGACUCUGGGGUGGACUGGCUGAGUAAGUUUGGCUACCUACCGCCCCCUGACCCAGUUACUGGUCAGCUUCAGACCAAGGAGGCCUUGACCAAGGCCAUCAAAGCCAUGCAGAAGUACGGAGGGCUGAAGGAGACCGGAGUCUUAGACCACGCCACACUGGGUCUAAUGAAAACACCCAGAUGUUCUCUGCCAGAUGUUUCUGAGGCUGAGGUGACAACGGGCCGCAGGAAACGAGGCUUGAAUCCUCAGAACAAAUGGAGUAAGAGGCAUCUAUCCUGGAGAGUGAGGACCUUUCCUAAGGACUCAGCCUUACUGGGCAGGGACACUGUUCGAGCCCUGAUGUACUACGCCCUAAAGGUCUGGAGUGACAUCGCCCCACUAAACUUCCAUGAGGUGGCCGGCAGUGACGCAGACAUUCAAAUCGACUUCACUAAGGCCGACCACAAUGAUGGAUAUCCCUUUGAUGGGCCAGGCGGCACCGUGGCGCAUGCAUUUUUCCCCGGAGAGAGGUUCACAGCUGGGGAUACACACUUUGAUGAUGAUGAGGCCUGGACCUUCAGAUCUCCAGACUCUCAUGGGAUGGAUCUGUUUGCAGUUGCAGUCCAUGAGUUUGGUCACGCCAUCGGCCUGGUGCACACCUCAGCCAUAGAGUCCAUCAUGAGACCAUACUACCAGGGACCGGUAGGAGACCCUCUGAAAUACGACCUACCUUAUGAAGACAAGGUCCGCGUCUGGCAGCUCUAUGGUGUUAGAGACUCAGUGUCCCACACAAUCCGACCAGGCAACCCCUCCCAGACGGCUGAACCUCCUGUCCUGCUGGACCUUCCUGAAAACAGAUCCACUCUCCUGCUGACACAAGAUGCCCCAGACAGAUGCACCAGUCACUUUGACGCCGUCGCCCAAAUACGAGGGGAGGCCUUCUUUUUCAAAGGGAAGUACUUUUGGCGACUAACUCGAGAGAAGCACCUGGUGUCUCUGCGUCCCGCUCAGAUCCAUCGCUUCUGGAGGGGCCUCCCACCCAAUCUGGACAACGAUGACCACCUGAGACGUAUGGACCUGGGCUACCCUAAAGACAGCUCGCUUUGGAAGGGGCUGCCACCACAACUGGAUGACGCCAUGAGGUGGUCUGAUGGCUCGUCCUAUUUCUUCAAGGGGAAGGAGUAUUGGCGAGUGCCGAGCAGCGACAUGGAGGUGGAGGCAGGAUACCCCCGCCUCAUCGCUAAAGACUGGCUGCUGUGCACCCAGAUGCAGUCGGACUCUCCGGACACAGAGCCCAAAAGCACGGAGACAAGAGUCAACGUGCACCAUCACCCAGACCACGCAGAGAAUGGAUACGAGGUGUGCUCCUGCACCUCUGACACCGCCUCGCCUUUGGGUGCUCGCCCCUCCCCAUCUCCCCUGUGGCUGCUGCCACCUCUCUGGACGCUCUCGCUGGCCCUCCGCUCUGAACUGCUAUGAUGCCAAAGCAUGGGACAAAGUUCUCGAGCUGGGUGCCGGAAAGAAACUCUUUGGUGGAGGGCCAGUCACUCAGACACUCAGUCUAAAUACAAACUGAAACAUUUUGUUCAUAUAAAUAUCAAUUGGUAUGUUUUUGCUAUUUUAUUUAGUUGCGAUUAUUUAUUUCACAUGCCGUUGGAUGGGGUCAACUGAAGCGCCUUGCAGUAUGAGUAGUACCAUACCACUGAUUGUACUAGGGUAUAUCUAGUGGGCAUCAAUUCACUGACAUUGAUAAUGCUUGUACCGUGCUACACAGAACCAUAAGUUUCUAUCUCUUGGUUUCCUCUUAAAUGACUAAACUAUCUCAUCUUUGCAAGGAAUUGAGUGGGAUUCUUCAGAAUUAUCUUCACAUGAAAUACACCAGUAUUCCAACAGCACUCAUAAAACCUUUU